GACGUUGUACCAAUUGGAACAAGAACGUCCGAUAAAUUCACACCACUGAAGUAACAUUUACUGGUUUUAGCUGAUUGUGUCAAUAAUCAGUGCAAAUUAUAGCAUAAUUUAAAAUAAAAUUUUCCGGAUUGUUUUCUAAGGAGACUUUGCCUUAAUGAGACGUUUAUAAUAUUGUUUCUUUCUUACAAAUGUGGUUAGAAAUCGGUCCUUCCUUUUUCUGCCUUCGGUCGCUAUGAUGCAUUAGCGAAAGCUAGUCUUUCUGCUUAUUGCAGAAGUCAUGAAGGACAUCUUUAGGAGAAUACACAGCGUGUUUCUGAAGGUCGCUCUCUUCCCGACUUCAUUCAGCAGGUCAGGUCCACGGCCAGCCGCCUCCGAGGUGUUGACCUGCCACUUGCUGCAGCGUAACCUUCCGCCGUGGACCUCAUUCUGCGUCCGCUACAGCGCCAUCCACAACGACCAGUUUGGACUGUCCAACUUCAAUUGGGGGGUUCGUGGAUCCAACUAUCAGAUACUUCGAACGGGCUGCUUCCCUUUUGUGAAGUAUCACUGCACCAAAGCACCUGCACAGAAGCUUGACUUUGAGGAUAGGUUUUUCACCAUCUUAAAAGUUAUUAACCUGGGAAUCCCGUGUCUGGCCUACGGUAUUGGGUGCUGGAUGGUGAUAGGAGCCAGAGAAACCGUCCAGACGAGCGUUGGACCCGUCACAGUAUAUUUUGCAUACAAGGAGGAGGAGGGUGCACAGUACUGACAUCGCUGUUGACCACAGAGUUUAAACCAUGUCAAAUGAUUACUCACUUUUAUUAUACUUAUUUUACACACCUGAAUCACUUCAUUCAUUGUCAUUGCUUUAACAGACAUGAAAUCUUAAAUGGAAAGGUAUUAAACCAAAUGUAUAUUAAUUGUCUCCCAAACCAUUAAUAAAAUGGUUUACAAAGA